AAUGGACACAGUUAAAAUUAAGAAACAUGUGCCAGAAGAAAUUGUUGCUGCCGAAGUUGACAUUACAGAAGUUGUGAAACCUGUAAUUCAAAAGGAGUUUACAGUUGUUGACACUGUCGCCAUAGACAAACCAGUGCAGAAGGGGAUGGUAACUGUUAAAGGUGACACAACAGAAACCGUCAAGCCAGUAAUUGACGAAGUUGUGACAAUUAUUGAUACAGUCAAGAUGAGGGAAUCAGUACCAGAAAAAGAGGUUUCUGCUAAAGUUCACAUUAUAGAUGCUGUGAAACCUGUGAGAGAAGAGGAAGUUACAGUUGUUGACACAGUCACAGUUGACAAGCCAGUAUCAGAUGAGAAGGUAACUGCCAACGUUGGCAUUACAGAGACGGAGAAGGCAGUAACAGACGAAAUAGUGACUAUAAUUGAUACAGUUCAAAUUAAAAAACAACUGCCAGAAGAAAGUGUUGCUGCCAAUGUUGACAUUACAGAAGCUAUGAGACCCAUAACGCACGAGGAGUUUGCAGUUGUUGACACAGUCGCAAUAGACAGUUCAGUGCCCAAAGAGGUGUUAAGUGUCAAAGUUGACACAACAGAGACCAUUAAGCCAGUAAUAGACGAAGUUGUGACAAUCAUUGACACAGUCAAAAUGGAAAAACAAGUGCCAGAAAAAGAAGUUACUGCCAACGUUGGCAUUAUAGAUACUGUGAAAUCUGUGACGGAAGAGGAAGCUACUGUUGUAGACACAGUAAAGAUUGACAAACCAGUACCAGCUGAGACGGUAACUGCGAAAGGUGACGUUACUGAAGUAGUGACGCCAGUAAUAGAGGAGGUAGUGACAAUUGCUGGUACAGUCACUAUCGAAAAACCUGUCCCUCAAAAGAGAACUGCCAACAUUGACAUUACAGACACCAUGAAGCCGGUAAUAGACGAAGCAGUGACAAUCAUCGGCGCAGUCGAGAUUGAAAAAUCAGUACCAGAAAAAGAAACUUCUGCCAAAGUUGACGUUAUAGAUACUGUGAAACCCCUGACAGAAGAGGAAGUUACAGUUGUUGACACGGUUGCGAUCGUGAAACCAGCACCAGAUGAAAAGGUAACUGCCAAAGUUGGCAUUACAGAGACGGAGAAGGCAGUAACAGACGAAAUAGUGACAACUAUUGACACAGUCAAAAUUGAAAAACAAGUUCCAGAAAAAAGUGUUUCUGCCAAGGUUGACAUAACUGAAGUUGUGAAACCUGAAACGCAUGAGACAUUUACAGAAAUUAACACAGUUGCAUUUGACAAAUCAGUAAAAGAAGAGGAGGUAACUGCAAAGCCUGGCAUUGCUGAGAGCAUUACUGCAAAUGUUGACAUUAGAGAGGUGGUGAAAAUUACAGAAGAUAAAGUUACGGUUCUUGACGCACCUGUAAUCGAAAGAUCAAUACCAGAAGAGAAAAUUGACGUCAGUCUGAUAGCUACUCUUGAUGACACAUUUACGAUUUAUAAACAAGUGCCAGAAGAGACGGCAAUUGCACAAGUUGCAGAAGCUGUCAAAUCUGUGUCAGAAAAAGUGGAUACAGCCGUUGAUGUAAUCCCCAUUGACAAAGGAGUGUCGAAACAGUCUGUAACUUCGAAAAUUGACAUCACAGAGGAUCAACCACUUGUUGACAGCAUCACAAUUAAAGAAUAUGUGUCAGAAGAGAUCACAUCGAGAGUAGAUAUUGACGCCGAGCCUUUUAUUGAAAGCACUGUUACUGUACAAGAUGCUGUAAAGAUAAAAGAAUCUGUUCCGGAGUUUAAGGUUGAUUUUGAAGUUACUGAAUCAGAAGAACCUGUCACAGAGGAAAUAUAUACAUCAAUCCCUGUCGCUGCUAAAAUCAUCGAACCGUUUGACGAUAAGGAAGCUUUUGAUGGUGACAAUGUUACAUUUAUUUGCACUGUAAGUGGAACUCCUCGUCCAAAUGUCAGUUGGUUCAGGAAUGGAGUCGAGAUACACACUGAUGAAGAUUACAUUUUUGAUUACAAAGAAAAUAUUGCAACAUUUGAGAUCCCAGAUGCUAUACCAGAGGAUUCAGGGGAGAUAACUAUAAGAGCAUCGAAUGCUGCGGGGGAAAGCUCUUGCUCAGCAACACUUGUUGUGUCUGAAAAACUGUUUCUCCCAACUUUCCUCAACAAGCCAAGUGACCUGGAAAUCAUGGAAGGUGAUAGUGCUGAAAUCCGAUUCCGAGUUGAUGGCAAUCCAUAUCCUCACGUUUCGUGGAAAAAGGGAUGGAAGCCAGUUGUUUCUAGUGAACAGUAUACAGUGACAGUUGACAAAAGUACAAAAGAACAUAUUCUCAUUAUCCAUGGAGCCAACGUGACAGAUGCUGGGAACUAUAUCUGCUCUAUAACGAACACAGAAGGUGAACAAAGACAUCGGGUUCACAUAAAAGUUAACCCUAAACCGACGGAGAAAAUGUCAUUCCUUCGUGCACUGAAGAAGCACAAAUCACCAGAAUUAAAGAAGGAAAACGUUGAAAUUAACAUAUUUGAACUUUUGAAAGACGCCAAGCCCUCCGAAUACGAAACUAUUCUCAGAGCCAAUAAAAUUGCUGACGCUAAAAUUAUUGCAAAGCAUAUUGAUACAAUGAAGAAACACAAUGAUGAUAAAGAAACAACACAUGAAUUCGUACCAGAAGAUUCUAAACCACACCAUUUCACUGAGGAAAAACAUAUAUCAGAACUAAUGCAGGCUGCAAGCACUGAGGCUGUGAUAAAACAAGAUUCUUUUAAGCCAGGUGAAUCACCCAAAUAUCUACAACCAGUGGAUGUUCACCACACAGAAAAACGGGUAGAUUCAGAUUCUGUGAUUGGGACAAAAGAGAAUAUACUCAUAUUUUCCAAAGAACCAGAGGAGUUGGAAGAGCCUACAGAGGUUGAAGAAGACAAGGUAGAUAUGAAAGGGCCAGUUGAAAUAGAGACUGAAGGGCCUGUAAAAGAAGUUGAAAAGGGAAAAGCAGAAAUGGAAGAGCCUGUGGAAAUAGUCGAUAAAUUAAAGUCGGAGAGGAAAGAGCCUGUGGGAGAAGAUGGGAAAACAAAAAUUAUGAUGGAAGAACAUGUGGAAGAGAUCGAUAAAGUGAAAUUAAAGAUGAAAGAGCAAGUAGAAGAGGUCGUGAAAGUCGAUACUGAAUUUACUCUACGUUCUAAACCAAAACAUCCUAAGGUUGAUGAACCGGAUACAGCAUUUGCUUUGAAGCACUCCGAGGAAACGCAUUCGUUACCAAAGGCAAUUGUAACUGAAGAAGUUGUGGACAGUUUUGAAGAGGAGACCAUAGUAGAGAAUUUCCCACGCGAAAUUGAGAAAUAUAAGCACAUUAUUGAAACAGAGGCAAUAGAAAUCCCGGUUGAGGCUAUUGAGAAAGAAGGAACUGUUCUGAAGCCAAAAACCCAGGCUCAGGCUCCGUUCUUUGAAAUAAAACCACGUGCAAAAGACGUAGAAGAAGGAGAAAGAGUCGAAUUUCGUUUCAAUGUCCACGGGUUUCCUAUGCCCAGCAUAGAACUUACCAAAUCUAACAAGAAGGUUAUAGGAGAUGAUCGUUGUAAACUUGUUAUCGAUGAAGAAAAGGGCGAGUGUUGUCUUACAAUUGAUACCACCAUGCCAUCGGAUGCUGGUCGUUAUAUAUGUAAAAUUGCUAAUGAAGCCGGCGAAACCAAACAUGUCGUGUCAUUGAUGGUUCGAGAGAAAGAAGUGAAACAAACAUUCAAGCUUCCUCUCAAAAAAAGUACAUCUCCCAAAAAGGAACCGACGCCAGCGAAACGUGACAAAAGGGACGUUGAUGAAAUUCAGGCUGAGAUAAUUGAAGCCUUGUUACGAGAGGCGCACCCAGAUGACUACGAGAGGAUACUGAUGGAACACGGGGUGUUUGACUUUCGUGCAAUGCUUAAGCAUAUCAAACGAGCACAGAAAACUGAAACAGUCGAAGAAAUUGACUGGGGAAAAUUACGCCAUGUUGAAGAACAAGUGACUCCAAUAUCUCAGCCAGAAUUACAAACGGCCGCAGUGACAUCUCCUACGAUUCUACUGAGAAGUGAAAUACCAAAAUUACCAGAUACAGAAAAUGAGAGUGCACAAGAAUUAAAUUCAUAUGUUCCCUUGGAUACAACUCCUGAAUUUUUCUGUCAUGUCUCUGAUGCUGUCAUUAAAGCUGAACUUUUCAAAGACGACAUAGAAAUCAGAGAGUGUGAAGAACACAUUAAACGCGGGGAAGAAAGUCGUCCACAAUUGGAGCAUGAUGUAAAACAAGACGUGCAGGAAUCAUUUAAAAUUAAACCAAUAAUUGAAAAAGAGGUUGAGGAGGCUAUCAUCCAGACUGUAACACAAGAAGGGGUAGAAAGUGAAUUUAACUUUAAAACAACGAGAGAACGGGCUGAUUUUAGUGCUGUAGAAAGUAAAGAAACAUUCAUUAAGCCAGUAAAACAAGAAAGUGAUAACUUGGAAGGUACAUUUAAACUUAGAAAGACAAAGAAAAUCGAGGCAGAAAAGCAUCGAACACCGGUAUCGAAAGUCACACAAGAUGAUGAAGGAGACAGUUCAUUCAUUAUUAAGAGAACUGUGAAAGAGCCUCCACAAAUCAAUCGUCCAUUGCGUGAUAUCUAUGUGAAGGAGAACGACACAGUGACUCUUGAAGUGAUUCUCUCGUCAGAGGCAGACGCAAGGAACGUCACGUGGUUAAAGGAUGCACAGGAGAUUACCCCAGGCCCCAAAUUCGAGAUAUCACAAUCUGGUACAACGUUGACUCUCACUCUAAAAGACGUUAAGCCCAGUGAUCAUGGAAACUAUACAGUGGUUGUAGGUGAUGUUAAAUCAUCGGCAACAAUUAACAUCGAAUCUUUAGAAUUUACGGCUCGUAUUGAAGAUAUCGAUGUGACUGAAUUUGAUGAAGAAGUAAAAUUCCAAGCGCAGUUAUCAUCCAGUACAGCAGAAGUCAUGUGGUUAAAGGAUAAUACACCUAUUGUUGACAGUUCAAAAUAUAAGAUGGUCGUAUCAGGAGAUUAUCGCACACUUGUUAUUAAGGAUAUAAGACCAGAGGAUGCGGGGAAAUAUACAUGCGUUGUAGGUGAAGUAGAGUCAUCAGCAAAUUUGAAUAUUGAAGUAACAAAGUUUACCACACCUCUGGAAGAUGUAACCGCUGCUGAGUUUGAGGAAUCGGCCUUGACUUGCCAAGUGUCACAUCAACAGGCAUGUGUUACAUGGAUGAAAAACAACGAAGUUAUCACAGAAAGUCCUAAGUACUCUUUCGUUGUCGAUGGAUGUCAGAGAAAACUAAUAAUUAAAGACGUUGACAUGACUGAUUCUGCUGAAUACUCAUGUGUGUUUAAAAAUCAAACAUCUUCAGCAACAUUGGUAGUUAAAGGAACACAUUUCACAAAACAGUUAAAAGACACUGAAGCAAAUGAAUUUGAUGACGUGAAGAUAGUCUGCGAGGUCUCACAUACCAAAGCAAAUGUUAUUUGGCGCAAAGAUGGAAAACCUUUAGAGGCCGAUGAACGAAUCAAAUUUAUCGUUGACGGCAAGAAGCGCGAAUUGAUAAUUCGUGACCUGACGGUUGAUGAUGAAGCAGAUUAUACAUGUGUGACAUCUGAACAUUCGACGACUGCAGAACUGCUUGUUUCAGAAUGCACUUUCACAACUCAGCUUCAGGACGUUGAUGUACUUGAAUACGAGUCUGCUGUUAUGGAAUGUACUGUCAGCAAUGCUAAAGCAAAAGUUCAUUGGAAGGCAGAUUCCAAACUCAUAGAGGAGAGUGAAAAAUUCACAUUUAUUGUUGACGGAAAGAAACGUGCUAUUCGUAUAAAUGAUGCCAGAAUCAGCGAUGAUGCAGAGUACACUUGCACCAUUGGUGCCGAAAAAACAACUGCCGGAUUAUUUGUUGAGGGAACAACAUUUGUAAAGAAACUUGCUGAUACGACCGCUGUAGUUGGUGAGAAUAUUGAAUUCGUAUGUACAGUUUCUCAUGAGAAAGCAGAUGUAAAUUGGACGAGAGAUAAAACCGAAAUAAAAGCAGAUCUCAGGCACAACAUUACAGCAGAUGGUAAAACAAGAAAACUUACAAUAGUCAAUGCGAAACCUGAAGAUGAGGGAGAUAUUAAAUGUACAAUGGAAACUGAUGAAACAAUGGCUGAGCUGUGUGUUGAAGAACCUAUUAAAAUCAGUCGACAAUUGAGUAAUAUCCAUGCGAAAGAGAAUGAUACAGUGACGCUGGAAGUUGUUUUGUCAUCAGAAGCAGACGCAAUGAACGUCACGUGGUUAAAGGAUUCACAGGAGAUAGAACCUACCUCCAAAUACGAGAUAUCACAAUCUGGUACAGCUCUCACUCUCACUUUGAAAGAAGUUAAGCCUGAUGAUCAAGGAAAAUAUACUGUGGUCGUAGGGGAUGUUACAUCAUCCGCAACCAUUAAUAUCGAGGCCUUGAAGUUUAUUUCCGAUAUUGGAGAUAUUAAAGUGACCGAGUUUGAUGAAGAGGUAAAAUUCCAAGCGCAAGUAUCAUCUAAAACCGCAGAAGUCAUGUGGUUAAAGGAUAACACACCUAUUGCUGCCAGUCCUAAAUAUGAGAUGGUCGUAUCGGGGGAGUAUCGAGAUCUUGUUGUUAAGGACAUCGGUCCAGAGGACGUGGGACAUUAUACAUGUGUCGUAGGUGACGUAGAGUCAACAGCCAGUUUGAAUAUUGAAGUAACAAAGUUUACCACACCUCUGGAAGAUGUAACCGCUGCUGAGUUUGAGGAAUCGGCCUUGACUUGCCAAGUGUCGCAUCAACAGGCAUGUGUUACAUGGAUGAAAAACAACGAGGUUAUCACAGAAAGUCCUAAGUACUCUUUCGUUGUCGGCGGAUGUCAGAGAAAACUGAUAAUUAAAGACGUUGACAUUACUGAUUCUGCUGAAUACUCAUGUGUGUUUAAAAAUCAAAAAUCUUCAGCAACAUUGGUAGUUAAAGGAACACAUUUCACAAAACAGUUAAAAGACACUGAAGCAAAUGAAUUUGAUGACGUCAAGAUAGUCUGCGAGGUCUCACACACCAAAGCAAAUGUUAUUUGGCGCAAAAAUGGAAAACCUUUAGAGGCAGAUGAGCGAAUCAAAUUUAUCGUUGACGGCAAGAAGCGCGCAUUGAUGAUUCGUGACCUGACGGUUGAUGAUGAGGCAGAUUAUACAUGUGUGACAUCUGAACAUUCGACGACUGCAGAACUGCUUGUUUCAGAAUGCACGUUCUCAACUCAGCUUCAGGACGUUGAUGUACUUGAAUACGAAUCUGCUGUAAUGGGAUGUAAUGUCAGCAACGCCAAAGCAAAAGUUCAAUGGAAGGUUGAAUCCAAUCUCAUAGAGGAGAAUGAAAAAUUCAAAUUUAUUGUUGACGGAACGAAACGUGCUAUUCGUAUAAAUGAUGCCAGAAUCAGUGAUGAUGCAGAGUACACUUGUACCAUUGGUGCCGAAAAAACAACUGCCGGAUUAUUUGUUGAGGCAACCAAGUUUACAAAUAAACUAGUUAAUACGACCGCUAUAGUUGGUGAAAAGGUUACAUUAAGUUGCACAGUCUCUAACGAAAGAGCAGUCGUCCGUUGGUUUAGAGGUAAAACUGAAAUAAAAGCAGAUGCCAGACACAAGAUUAAAACAGAUGGUAAAACGCGAAAGAUUACUAUCAUUGAUGUUGAACUUGACGACGAGGGAGAUAUUAAAUGUACAAUGGAAACUGAUGAAACAAUGGCUGAGCUCUUUGUCGAACCUCCUCCUGUUGUUUUCCUCACCGAAUUAAAACCGAUCCAAUCAAUUGAACGUCAAGAUGCUCGGUUUACCUGCAAGAUUUCUGAUGAAAAUGCGAAAAUAAAGUGGCUAAAAGAUGGGGAAGAAAUAUUUUCGAAUGGAAAGUAUGGAUUUAUAGCCAAAGGCAACGAGCGCAUCCUAGUUGUUCACAAUGUAUCGUUUGAUGAUGAGGCAGACUAUACAUGUCAAACACCUGACAAUAAGUCGACUUCAGAGUUGAUUGUAAAAGCUCCAAACGACAUAUGCUGUAUGGAAGAGGACACACACGUACAACUUACAUGUGUCCUUGACAAAGAAACUUCCGAUGUUAAAUGGAUGAAAGGCGGUGUUGAGAUCCAGCCUAGUGAAAAAUAUCAAAUGGUCAGGGAUGGCAAAAAACACUCAUUAAUCAUAAACGAUAUAGAGUUAGGCGACGAAUCAGAGUACAUUGCUGUUGUUGCGGGAAAACGCACCUAUGCUAAGCUAACAGUUAAAGAUAAAGCCAUGCAGAUCUUACAAGGUCCCGAAGAAGUGAUAGCCAGUCCUGGUGAAUCAGUAUUAUUCACAUGCAUUGUCAACAAAAGAAAUGUUAGAUUCAGGUGGAUGAAAGAUGGUAAGCCCAUCAAAGAAAGUAAUAAGUAUGAUUUGAAGCAGGAAGGAAUAACGUACACACUUAAUGUCAAGGAUGUUUCAUUCGACGAUGAUGCCGAAUACACAGCAGAAGUUGAUAACCAACAGUGUCAUGCUGACCUGGUCCUAGAAGCAACACCUACAGUGAAAAUCGAUGAUGAAUUCAAAAAGUUAUCCAUCAAGGCUGGAAAGAAAUUAACAGUAAAGGGAAACAUCACAGGUGCUCCUUCCCCAACAGUCUGUUGGGGCAUUGGUGAAGAACAACUAGAAUCGUCCGGUCGUAUUCAAAUCACAACAGGAAAGGGUAUGUGUUUAGAAUCAACUAUCAACAUCUCGGAAAUAAACAGAAAAGAUCGUGGUAAAUACAUUAUAACUGCAGAAAAUCAUGUUGGCAUGGCUACUGAUUCAUUUGAAGUAGAUAUCUACGAUACACCUCAACCACCGCAAAACCUAAGGAUUGGUCAGAUAACCCCGAAGAGUAUAAGCUUAAGUUGGGAUGUACCAUUUGAUGAUGGAGGAAGUCCAGUUACCAAGUAUACUGUUGAGAGAAGAGAUAUGAAACGAGAUAAUUGGUUGUCCGCUGGUAAUACAACUGACUUAUCGAUGAAUAUAACUAAGAUUAUCGAAGGAAACGAGUAUAUGUUCCGCGUUAUCGCUUCAAACCAACAUGGAGACAGUGAGCCUUCUAAAGCAACAGAUGCUGUGGUUGCCAAACAUCAAUUUGAUGUGCCACAUCCUCCAGGAACUCCGACAAUAACAAAUGUUGAUCGAAACUGCAUGACAGUUAAAUGGAUGCCACCUGAAUACGAUGGAGGUAGUCCUGUCAUUGGUUACUUAGUCGAGCGUCAGGACAAAAACUCAACGCGUUGGCUUACCAUAACCGAUGAGAAGACAACGGAAUGUGCAUUUACAUGUACAGACCUCGUUGAGAAACAUGACUAUGUAUACCGUGUGUAUGCUGUGAAUGAGGCGGGUAAAAGUAAACCAAGUCACUUAUCGGAAGCAGUUGUUGCUAAACCACCUUAUGACGUCCCAAAUGCACCAGGAAAGCCAACAGUAGAAAAUAUAAACAAAACAACUAUGAAGAUUAACUGGACAUCACCGGAAAAUGAUGGCGGAUCUCCAAUUACCAGUUACAUUGUUGAGAGAUGUGACGUUGCCAGAGGGAGAUGGGUGAAAACAAAUAAGGAACCUGUUUUGGACAGCGUAUACACUGUGACUGAUCUCUUAGACGGGAAUAGUUACCAAUUUCGAGUGUCUGCGGAAAAUGCUGCUGGAAUAGGCAAUUGUAGUGAAGCAAGUGACACACUUGUUGCUAAGCUACCGUUCGAUGUGCCAGGGGCACCAGAUCCUCCAGAGGUAACGGAAAUUGACAGCACGGAAAUGACGGUUAAGUGGACCCCUCCCGCUGUUAAUGGAGGAAAUGAAAUUAAGCAUUAUAUACUUGAAAUGCGAGAAAACACCUCCACGCGCUGGGUUGCAGCAACACAAGAAAAGCUGCGUGAAACGACGUGCAAUAUCAUUGGAUUGACUAGAAAGAAUCAGUACCUGUUCAGAGUCAUUGCUGUAAACGAUGCUGGCAAAGGGCCUGCUAGCGAAGCCUCUGAGUGUUACAUGGCAAAGCCUCCAUAUGAUGAACCAGGUAAACCAUCAGUACCCACUGUGUCAACUAUCGAGAGUACAGAAAUGACAGUGUUAUGGCAAGCUCCAGUUGAUGGUGGAAGUCCAAUUACACGCUACAUCCUUGAGAAAAAGGAUAAUGUAUCAUUGAAAUGGAGCAAGGUAACAUCUGAACCUCUCCUAAACUGCAUUACGGUUGUAACCGGUCUGACGGAAGGUGCUUCUUAUCAGUUCAGGGUAUCGGCCCUGAAUGAAGUUGGUUCAAGUCCUCCCAGCGAUGCAACAGAUGCUUAUGUAGCCAAGGCACCUUACGACAUUCCUGGACGAUGUGGUAAACCAGAAAUAGUUAAAGUAGAUGCAACGGAUGUGGAGUUGAAGUGGUCUGUACCAAAAACCGAUGGCGGUAGUCCAAUAACUGGGUACAUUGUAGAACGUUGUGACGUUAGCCGUGACAAGUGGCUGCAGGUUAACAAACAGUUGAUAUCAACGACGUUUUACAAUGUUCAAGGCUUGGUUGAAGGGAAAAAGUACGAAUUUAGAGUUGCUGCAAUAAACCAUGCAGGUGCGGGACCUGUCUCUGACAUUUCCGAUGUCGUUUUGAUGAAACCGCCUUACGAUCCACCAGGAAAACCUGGCAAACCAGAGAUAUCCAACGUCAGCACAACCACAAUGACACUUACAUGGACUCCACCGACAAGUGACGGAGGUGCCAUAAUUACUGGCUACGUUGUCGAAAAACUAAACAAAUCACGAAACCAAUGGGUUAGAGUCAACAGAGAACCGAUUAACAAAACUAUAAUGGACGUAAAUGACCUCAAAGAAGGCAGCGAGUACGAAUUUCGUGUCAUGGCACAAAACAAAGCAGGACUGGGCCCGUCAAGCGAGACGUCAAACGGUGUUGUUGCUAAACUACCUUACGAUGUUCCGGAUGCACCAUUUAAGCCUGUUAUUGAAGCUGUUGAUGCUACUGAAAUAACGCUCUCUUGGACUCCUAAAAAUGAUGGAGGUUCACCAAUUACCAACUACGUAAUCGAAAAGCACAAAACCGGAGGCCGAUGGGUAAAAGCUACAAAAGAAUCGAUUAGAGACCCGUAUUUCGUAGUCACAGACCUAAUAGAAGGUACUAAAUAUGAAUUCAGAGUAAUUGCUGAAAAUGUGGCCGGGUCAAGUAAUCCGAGUGAGAGCUCCGAACCCACUAUCGCCAAACUUCCAUACGAUGUGCCUAGUGUACCAGGAACACCUCAUAUUGAUUCAGUUGACGAAACAGAAAUUACCAUUUCAUGGACACCACCGGAAUCUGACGGAGGCAGUCCAAUCACAAAUUACGUUGUUGAGAAAAAGGAUAAAUCUUUAUUGAGGUGGGUUGUAGCAACCAUCGAUCCUGUCACAGAAAAUAAUUUUAAAGCAGAAAAGCUGAAAACUGGAAAUGAGUACAUAUUUAGAGUCAUUGCUGUAAACAAGGCUGGAAGGAGCCAACCGUCAGAUUCUUCCGAGAGCAGGAUUGCCAAACCACCAUACGAUGUUCCCGAAGCACCGGGAAAGCCAACCAUAAAAUCUGUCGAUGCAUCGGAGAUGACCUUAAUUUGGUCACCACCUUCGAAUGAUGGCGGUGCGCCGAUCGUAGGAUAUAACAUAGAAAAACGCGACACAGCUCGUAAUCGAUGGAUAAAAGCUAACAAGGAACUAGUGACUGAGUGUGAAUUCAUUGCUACUGGGCUUUCUGAGGGGAAAAUGUAUGCAUUUAGGGUGCAGGCACAGAAUAUGGCUGGAACCAGCUCUCUAAGUGAAGAAUCAGACGCCAUGAAAGCUAAAUCUAAAUAUGAUCCACCUGGACCACCAGACAGACCUGAGGUUGUAGAAGUGGACGAAACGUUCAUAGUUAUAGAGUGGAAUGCACCCUCAUCGGAUGGAGGUACACCAAUUACAGGAUAUUAUGUUGAACGUAAAGAAAGGUUCUCGGCAAAAUGGGUUAGAGUCAAUAAAGAAAGAAUCAUUGAUAGAGAAUUGGAAAUUACAAAUCUUAAGUCUGGUUGUGAAUAUGAAUUCAGGGUAUUGGCUGAAAAUAAAGUUGGUACUGGAAAACCAAGUCCACCUUCGGAGUCAACUGUUGCCAAACCACCUUAUGAAAAACCUGGAAAAAUUAAGGUUCCGGCAGUAAAGUUCGUUGACAAGGACAACAUUGGAUUAUCAUGGAGUGUGCCUGAAUCUGAUGGUGGUAGUCCGAUUAUUGGCUACAUCAUAGAAAAGAAAGAUCAGUACUCUUCAAGAUGGGUACCAGUCAACGAGACAGCAUGUGUGGAUCUUGAGCUAGUAGUACCAAGCUUAAAUGAAGGUGAUAAAUAUCGAUUUAGAGUUACAGCCCAAAACAAAGCAGGCAACGGUGAACCGUCUGAACCUACCGAAUCGAUCAUAGCUAAACCUCCAUUCGAUACACCUGAUGCUCCAAGCCCACCCCGUCUGUCUGAACAUGAAAGUACUAGCCUGAACAUAUCAUGGGAGCCGCCUAACAACGACGGUGGCAGUCCGGUAACAGGAUACAUCGUUGAAAAGAUGGAGAUUGGGCGCAACCGUUGGUUAAAGGUUACGAAAGAACCCAUCCCUGAAAAUAAGUUGAUUGCCCUUGAUUUAAUCGAGAGCAGCAAGUACCAAUUCCGUGUAUGUGCUGUGAAUCUUGCCGGAGCUGGGAAGUAUUCGGAACCGUCCGCUCAAAAACAACCGUCACCACCUCACGACGUUCCUGACAAACCAGGCAGGCCUACUGUGCUUGAUACCAUGGCAACUACGGUUAAGCUUACAUGGAAAGAACCUGAAUGGGAUGGGAACUCCAAAAUAUUGAACUACAUCAUAGAAUCUAAAGAAAAGCAGGCAAAACAGUGGAAGAAAGCAUAUAAUGAACGUUUGCUUGACACUAAUGCUACGCUGACAGGACUUACCGAAGGCAGAGAGUAUCAAUUUAGAAUUAAGGCGGAGAAUGCAGUAGGAAGUAGUGCUCCGAGUGACUCCUCCGAUUCAGUACAUUUAAAGGCACCAUUCGUUGUUCCUGGUUCUCCAUCCCAACCAGAAGUUACUAAUGUUACCUCAAGGUCACUUAGCCUUUCUUGGAUUCCCCCUGAUUUUGAUGGAGGCGCAGUAAUCACAGGAUACAUCGUCGAAAAACGUGAACGAAGGAGCGAAUGGACGAAAUAUGAUAUAGUCAAUUCAUUGACAUUUGCUGUCACUGAUUUAAUAGAGGGCUCCAAGUAUGAGUUCAGAGUGAGUGCUGUAAACACCGCUGGCGUUGGAAAACCAAGUAUACCAUCUACUAUGAUGGAAGCAAAGGAUAAGAUUAAUCCACCGUCGGCUCCUGGAAAACCAGAGAUUACUAGCGUGGACAGCACAGAAAUUACAAUCAAAUGGAGUGUGCCUGAGUCAGAUGGAGGUAGUUCAAUUACCAACUACAUAGUUGAGAAGCAAGACAUAUCAAAUAAUCUCUGGGCAAAGGCUAACCGUAACAACGUCACUACUAACGUAUUCAAGAUCACUGAUCUAUUUCAAGGAAAUACAUAUGUGUUUAGAGUAACAGCAGAAAACAAAUUGCACAGAGGUCCACCCAGCGAACAAACAGAUCCUGUUUUGGCAAAGCCACCCUAUGAUGUGCCAGGAUGCCCUGGAAAGCCAGUGGUUAGUGAUGUAGACAGUACCAGAAUGACAGUGACAUGGAAACAGCCGAAAGAUGAUGGUGGAAGUCCAAUCUGUAAUUACAUUAUUGAAAUGCGAAACAGGGCCAGCAUGAAGUGGAUCAGAACCACAAGAGAUUCAAUUGUUGACACGUCAUAUGUAAUAAAAGGAUUAAACCAUGGCGAUACGUACCAAUUUAGGGUUAAAGCAGAAAACAGAGCCGGGUCUGGUAUCCCCAGUGAUGAAAGUGAUUUUUUUCUGGCCAAGCCACCAUAUGAUGUUCCGUCUCCACCUGGCAAACCUGAGAUAUCAGAUGUAAGCGCCACUUCAAUGACCGUGAAAUGGGCAGCACCAGAAGAGGAUGGUGGCGCUCCAAUCACAAAUUAUAUCAUUGAAAAGAAGGAUAAAUUUUCAGUGAGAUGGAAUAAGGUUACAUCAAAAAAAUUAACAGAAAGAACGUUCAAUGUUGGGGAGCUGACAGAAAACUCAUUGUACGAGUUUCGUGUUUUUGCCGCAAAUAAGGCGGGUGUGAGUGAACCAAGUAAGCCAUCGGAUUUACAAAAGGCGAAGCCACCUUACGAUGUGCCCUCAAAGCCGGGUAAACCAGUUGUUACCAAUGCAGAUACGGUUUCGAUGUCACUGUCUUGGGCUGUUCCAGAAACCGACGGUGGCAGCCCUAUAAUUGGAUACUUCAUUGAAAGAUGCGAUGUGUCUCGUAAUAUUUGGAUUGCAGCAAACAAGACACCUAUUACAGAAACAGAAUACACCGUUAAAAAUAUCAUAGAAGGUGUAGAAUAUGUGUUCAGAGUUAGUGCUGAAAAUAAAGCCGGUGUCAGUGAAGCGAGUGAGCACUCUGAUUCACGUGUUGCCAAGAUGCCGUAUGAUCCCCCGGGAGUUCCUGGAAUGCCAGAAGUUAGUAAUAUUCAACAAAAAUCUAUGACCGUGGCAUGGACGCCUCCAGAGUCUGAUGGAAACAGUCCUAUCACAAACUAUAUCGUUGAGAGAAAAGAAAGUACAUCCACACGUUGGCUAAAGGUUUCUCGUCAAAAGAAUAUAAAAACUACAAUCAAUGUGACUGAUCUUGUUGAAGGUUGUGUAUACGAGUUUCGAGUAUCUGCUGAAAACAAAGCAGGUGUAGGACCAUGUAGCCAAUCAUCAGGAGUGUUUACAGCCAAGGCGCCAUACGAUGUUCCAGGCCAACCAGGUAAACCAUCCGUGAGCAAUGUUUUUUCAAAUUCAAUGACAAUAACUUGGACCAAGUCCUCAACUGACAUUGGAAGUGCUAUCCUAAGUUAUACUGUAGAAAAGAAAGAAACUUCUGCGAGACUGUGGACUAAAGUGGGGUCUGUCCCUAGUUCAAAACUCUCGAUUGAUGCUACUAAUUUAAUCAAGGGCACCGAGUACCAAUUCCGAGUCAAAGCUGAAAAUAAAGUUGGAUUUGGUCCUGAAAGUGAUCCAUCAGACGCUACUAUUGCUAAACUUCCAUAUGAUCCACCUUCUUCGCCUGGAAAACCAGAAAUCCUGAACAUCAACCGGGCAGAAAUGACAAUAAUAUGGUCAGAACCAAAUAGCGAUGGCGGAAGCCCAAUAACUAACUAUAUUGUUGAACGUUGUAAUUUUAACAAGAGACAAUGGGCUCAUGUCAUUACUACUACAAAAUUUGAGCUGGAAUUUAAGGAUACAAGUCUACAUGAAGGAUUUGAAUAUUCUUACCGAAUAGCAGCACAAAAUAAAGCUGGACAAGGUCCCUUUAGUGACCAGAGUGAUUUCCAUCAAACAAAAAAACCAUUUGGGUGUAGGCGACCAGAUCUGUUAAAUGCCCCAAGCACUCCUGGAAUACCUGAAGUUGUGGGUUUCUCGAAGACAACUCUAUCCAUUUCUUGGACACAUCCUGGAUGUGAUGGUGGAAGCCCGAUUACCGGAUACGUAUUAGAAAAAAAAGAUAGUGAACUAAAGCGUUGGUCAAAGAUUCCACGCACGAUUUCAGGAACAACAUACAUCGUUGAAGGCCUCUACGAAGGCUCUAAAUAUGUAUUCAGGGUUGCUGCUGAGAAUAAAGCUGGGCAAGGACAAUUCAGUGAUCCUUCAUUACCACAUGAAGCGAAAUCGCCAUACAAUGUCCCAUCUCCUCCGAGCACGCCUUCUGUCAUAAAUAUUGACUGUACUCAAAUGACGUUAACAUGGUCACCGCCGACUAACGACGGUGGGAGUCCUAUCACAGGUUUCAUAAUAGAAAAGAAGGACACAUUUAGCUCGAGAUGGACGCAGGUGAGGGAGACAGCUAUACCAGAAACAUCUUACGUUGUUGUUGACCUGAAACAAGAUACUGAAUACCAGUUCCGAGUAUUGGCUCAGAAUGAGGCUGGGAUGAGUAAACCAAGCGAACCCUCUGAAACGGCUAGAGCUAAAGCUCCAUAUGAUGUCCCUAGCCCACCGGGUAUACCUGCAAUAAUUCAAGUUGACACCAAUCACAUGACAUUAACAUGGACAGCUCCAAAAAGUGAUGGAGGCUCGCCAAUCAUUGGAUACAUACUGGAAAAGGCUGAUCCAGAACGAAAACGCUGGAGUAAAGCUCAUAAAGAAGAUAUUAUAACUGACCUUACAUUUCAUGUUCAAAAUCUAGUUGAAGGAAAUAACUACAUAUUCCGUGUCAGUGCUGAAAAUGCCGCUGGAAUCGGAGAGUCAAGUCCUGCUACUCCACCAACCAAGGCUAAGCCACCAUAUGACGUUCCUGGACCUCCUGGUAAGCCAAAAAUAAUAACCACCAACACUUCCUCGAUAUCUCUGGAGUGGACGCAACCAGAGAAUGACGGAGGAUCAAAAAUAACUGGCUACAUUAUCGAGCGUUUGGACACAGAUCGUGGUCGCUGGAUGAAGUCUUCAAAGAACGUUGUAAGUAAACUAAAUUACACCGUGUCUCGAUUGGUUGAAGGAAACACUUACCAGUUCCGUAUCAGUGCUCAAAACAAAGCUGGUGUUGGUGAAGCUAGCCCGCCAUCUAAUCUAGCUAAGGCAAAAUUACCUUAUGAUGUUCCGAGUCCACCAUCACCUCCCAAAAUAACCAAUGUAACUGAAACAUCAAUGGUACUUGUAUGGGAAAAAACUCCAUCAGAUGGUGGUUCACCAAUCACAAACUACCACAUCGAAAUGAAUCAAAAAUCAAGCAAACGUUGGGUGAAGCUCGCAAAAGUUUCUGGCUCAGAGUUUGACUACAAGUUAACCAAUCUGACCAAGGGUGAAGAAUACAGUUUUCGAGUUGCCGCUGAAAAUGGAGCGGGAGUUAGUCAGCAUUCCGAUGGAUCGUCAUAUGUAAAGGCUAAAUUACCAUUCGAUCCACCAGAUGCUCCUACGAACUUCGUGGUAUCCGAUAUUUCACCGACUUUCAUUGGAUUAAAGUGGAAAGAACCAAAAUCGGACGGUGGUUCACCAAUUACAGGAUAUAUAGUGGAGCGUCGGGAUAAAUUUAGUACCCGAUGGGUGCCAGUUGGUAAACAAUCAAUAGUCGAGCGUACUAUUGUCAUCAGUGACGUCACAGAGAAUAAGGAGUAUGAUUUCCGUGUUUCUGCUGUAAAUAUAGCUGGAGUUGGAACACCAAGCAACUUCAUUCAUGCACUUGCCAAGUAUCCAUUUGAUCCGCCAGAUAAACCUGGAACACCAACUGUAACUGAGAUCAGUACAAAUUGUAUUGCACUUGAGUGGACUGUACCACUCUUCGACGGAGGUAGCAAUAUUCAGGGUUAUCAUGUUGAAAAAAGAGAACAGUAUGUAUCGAGAUGGGAACAGAUUACUACCAACCCUAUUUGUGUUACAAGUUUUACAGUAGACGCUCUUCAGGAAAGUCAUUUUUAUCAAUUCCGAGUAAAAGCAGUGAAUAAAGCGGGUGCCGGAUUGCCUUCUGAAGCAACUUACAAUAUCCAGACAAAACCUAUGUAUGGUAUUCCGGGUAUACCGAGCGCACCGAACCUUGUCAAAGCUUCUAACACUUCUCUGACUGUCAACUGGAUACCACCUUCUUCUGAUGGUGGAAGUUCAAUAACACAUUAUAUAGUUGAACGAAAAGAGAUGAUGUCCACCAGAUGGACCAGAUUUACUCUACAGGCUAACAGAGAAUGUGAAUAUACUGUUCUAGAAUUAACCGGCGGAUUAGAGUAUGAAUUUCGAAUAAUUGCUAAAAAUAUAGCCGGAAUUGGAGAGCCUGGUCCUUCAGCGAUAUUUACUGCUACAUCACCAUAUGAGCCCCCAAGUGCACCAGGUAAACCGGUUGUUUUUCGUGUUGAGAAGCAUUCAGUUUCCAUUUCGUGGACACCACCAAAGAGUGAUGGCGGCAGCAAUAUCACAUGUUUUGAGGUUGAACUAAGAGAAACCUUCGGAUUUUGGACAAAAAAUGGAAUAGUUGCUGAUAAUAAAACUGAAUAUACGAUUAUUGGGUUAAAAGGUGGAAAUGAGUAUGAGUUCCGUGUAUCAGCUAAGAAUGUGGCCGGCGUUGGAUCACCAAGCUUAGCGACAACUGUUAAGACAGUGCCUGAAAUUGGCGUACCGUCAGUGCCGAGUCGUCCAGACAUUGAUCUUGUUGAUAGCACAAGUGUCAGCCUUAGCUGGAAACCACCCGAGUCUGAUGGAGGUAGUCCGGUGACGAACUAUAUUAUUGAAAGGAGUGACGCUGAUCGAACACGAUGGGUACCGGCCACUCGAAAGGCUAUCAGUAUUACUAAGUGUACCAUUACUGAUAUGAUAAAAGGAAACACAUAUCGCUUCCGAAUCAUUGCACAAAAUGUAGCAGGCAACAGUGAGGCAAGCGAUCCAACUGAUUCUGUGUUGACAAAACCACCAUAUGAUGUUCCGAAUGGUCUGUUUAAACCAGAUGUAUCAAAUAUUACUGAAUCAACCAUAAAGGUUGACUGGGUGCCACCGACGUCAGACGGAGGAAGUCCCGUAAUCGGCUAUAUGAUUGAAAAGAAAGGCAAGUACAGCACAGUGUGGUCAGCAAUAAACACAUCGCCUGUACAACAUACAACUUUCACGGCGGACGGCCUCAAAGAAGGCCAGGAAUACCAAUUCCGUGUUCUUGCUCAAAAUUUGGCUGGACUAAGCAAACCAAGUGAACCCUCAGAGGUUAUCGUCGCUAAGUUACCGUUCGAUCCUCCUGGACCCCCUGGUAAACCUGAUGUUACACCUAUGUCAUCAACAUCAAUGCAUCUAUCGUGGCAAUGUCCGACAUCAGAUGGUGGCUCACCAAUUAAAAGCUAUUUAAUCGAAGGCAAAGAAAGAAAUAUGUCUCGUUGGAAUAGGCUUAAUGACCACAGUGUGACUAAAACAGAAUUUACUGUUACAUCACUAAAGGAGAGGCGUGAAUACCAGUUCCGUAUUAGUGCUGAGAACAAAGCCGGGAUUGGAAAGCCAGGCCCAGUCACUGAAUUCAUCAUUACAAAAUCGCCUUAUGAUGUUCCUAGCGCACCUAAUAAUUUAACAAUCAAUAAGCUUGGGCCAACAUCAGUAACAUUAAACUGGGCAGUUCCAAACAAUGAUGGUGGUUCACCUAUCAUUGGUUACAACAUCGACAUGAAAGACGCUUCAACUUCAUCCUGGUCGCGAGUAAAUAAAAGCAGCAUUACUGAAAUCAAGUACACUGUGAAGAAUUUGAAAGAGGGCGUAGCGUACAACUUCCAAUGUUUUGCCAUCAACAAAGAGGGUCAAAGUGAGCCAAGCAUAAUAGCAAAUCUUGAGGUAACGCCACCGUCACCCCCUGGUAAACCGGAAGUGUCGGAUAUUAGUAAUGUAUGUGCUACAGUUACUUGGACAGUUCCGAUAUCAGACGGAGGCUGUCCUAUUACAAAUUAUGUUGUGGAAAAGAGAGAUACAACAAGAAACCGAUGGAUAAAAGUUUCAAAAACAGAUGCUGUAAAAUUCGUAGUUUCAGAUCUCACUGAAGGAACCAAGUACGAAUUCAGAGUGUUAGCCGAAAAUGCAUGUGGAAAAAGCAAGCCAAGUGACAUAUCUGAUAUUAUCAUUGCUAAGUUACCAUUUGAUGUCCCUGAUCCCCCGUCAAAACCUGAAGUUACAGAUGUAAACAGCACAGAAAUGACAGUGACGUGGAAUCCUCCAACGAACGAUGGUGGAUCACCGAUCACUGGUUAUAUACUUCAACACAAAGAAUAUUUUGCCACUCGCUGGUUAGAAGGAACGACAACUACUUCGACGACCAAUCAUUUCACUUCACUGAGAGAAGGAAUGGAUUAUCAUUUCCGAGUCAUGGCUGUAAACGCAGCCGGAAAAAGUUUACCCAGCCCAUUAUCUGAUUCGACAAAAGCAAAGUCACCAUUCGACGCUCCUGGUGCACCUUUAAAUCCUAAAAUUACUAAUUGUGAACCAACCUCGCUCACAUUAACGUGGGAAGUGCCGAUGACUGAUGGAGGAUCUACAAUAACCGGCUACUAUGUGGAGAUAAAAGACGCCUUUAGCUCUAGGUGGACACGUGUGAAUAAGGCAGCUGUGUCGGAAACAACUUAUUCUGUUACCAAAUUAGACGCUAGUCUCGAGUAUGACUUCAGACUAUGUGCAGAAAACAAAAUUGGUAUUGGCAUUCCAAGUGAUACAUGUAAACGAACAUUCUCAGUUCCUGACGAACCUGGUAAACCAGAGGUAAUUGACUUCCUUGAAAAUUCGGUGAAUCUUCAAUGGAAACCGGCAUUUAAUGACGGGGGAACUCAAGUAACUGGCUACACAAUCGAAAAAUGUGAAUUGUCUAAACAAAGGUGGCUGAAGGUGAAUAGGUCAACUGUAAAGGAACCGAAGUUCAACAUUACCGAUCUGUCUCAUAACACUGCAUAUAAGUUCCGUGUAGCAGCAGUUAACAAAGUCGGCACUAGUGGAUGGAGUGUCGAAUCUGACGAAGUCGUUACUAAAUUAGCUAUCGAUGUGCCAGAUGCACCAAAUGCGCCUAAUGUCAGUGAUGUUACCCGCACAAGUAUUACAGUACAAUGGAAACCUCCCGCAAAUGACGGCGGAAGUGCUAUAACUGGUUACGUAUUACAAAAACGGGAACCUUUAUCUAAAUGGGUGGAAGUAGAGAUGCCCAUAUUGCCGAAAUGUGUUGUUGGUAGACUAAAGGAAAAUGUAGAAUAUGAAUUCCGCGUUGCCGCACAAAAUAAAGCUGGUACUGGAAAAUUUAGCCGAUCCACAACUCCUAUUAAGGCAAAAGACCCAUACGAUGUUCCUGGGAGACCGGAUCCACCUGGAAUUGUAGACGUGAAACACUGUUCUGUGUCGUUAACUUGGAAGUCUCCAGUCUCGGAUGGCGGAAGUAAAAUCAUCGGCUAUAUCUUGGAAAAAAAGGAAUCGUACAUGACAUCCUGGACUAAAGCCCACGAGUCCCGAAUCCAAGAAACUUCUUUCACAGUUACAGACUUAAAAGAAGAAUCCUCUUAUAUAUUCAGAGUUAGUGCAGAGAAUACGGCAGGGAUGGGUAAACCAAGUGAUGCAUCAUCUAGUGUUCUAAUCAAAAAGCCAUAUGACGUUCCUGAUGCUCCACAUACACCAUCUGUAUUGGACAUAACAGCUAAAAGCAUGGAGGUAUCAUGGACGCCACCAUUAUCCGAUGGUCAAUCUCCAAUCACGCAAUAUUUACUAGAAAAGAAGGAUAAGCUAAGUUCACACUGGAAAAAGGUGUCAACUGUUGAUGGUAAACAAACAAAACUAACUGUCACUGAUCUCCACGAGGGAGAUGCAUAUCAAUUUCGUGUCAGUGCUAAAAAUGCUGCUGGCUUUGGAAAGCCGAGUGAACCUUCGGAGCCGAAGAUUGUCAAGCCUCCAUACGAUGUACCAGGUGCCCCAGGAACACCAAAUAUCUCUAAUAUCUCAAAGUCAACAGUAUCUCUCUCGUGGAUAGCGCCUGAAUUCGAUGGUGGAAGUCCCAUCACUAACUAUAUUGUUGAGAAAAAAGAAUUCUUUUCAAGUCGCUGGACGAAGGUAAACCGCGAAGAAGUAAUAAAUACUACGUCAUAUACUGUGAAAGAUUUAGGAGAGAUGAGCCAGUACAUGUUUAGAGUGUCUGCUUGUAAUAAAGCUGGAAAUGGUCCGGCUAGUGCAGAAACGUAUUAUGUUACCGUCAAGAAUCCAUACGAUCCACCAGGUGUGCCCUCAAUGCCUAAAUUUUCAGAUGUCACCGAUUCGUCAGUGUGUUUGUCGUGGCAGGCUCCUGAGGAGGACGGUGGAAGCCCUGUAAUUGACUAUGUGGUCGAAAAAAAGGAAAAAUAUUCAACAAAAUGGACAUCAGCUGUCCCAGAACCAUUGACCAGUUCAAGUUGUAAAGUUGUUGGCUUGAAGGAGGGCCAGGACUACGAGUUUAGAAUAAAAGCAAGGAACAAAGCUGGUCUUGGAAAACCAUGUGAAAUGCCUGCUGCAAUAAAAGCUAAGCUACCAUGUGAUGUUCCCACAGAACCAGAAAGACCAGAAGUCUCAGAAAUAGCUAUAUCAUCCGUUGUGUUAUCUUGGCUGCCACCCAAAUCAGACGGCGGCAGUCCAAUUACCAACUAUGUCAUUGAAAAGAAAGAGAAAACCGGAAGAUGGCAGAAAGUAAAAAGAGGAACCAGUCUUGAACAAACGUUCAACAUAGUAGAUCUUAUGGAGCAGCACGAGUACGAAUUCAGAGUCAGUGCUGAGAACAAAGCAGGACUGGGGAAACCAAGUGAAUCAACAAAGAGAAUAAUGACAAAACAUCCAUUUGAUACACCGGGAAUACCAAGUGCCCCUGAUGUCAGCAAUGUUACAAACACAUCGGCAGUAUUAAAAUGGUCUCCUCCUAAAUCAAACGGAGGAUCUCCAGUUACGAACUACAUCGUAGAACGGAAUGAAAAGACCAGCACCCGAUGGAUUAAAGUAGGUUCGGACAUGAUUCAAGAUACUACGUGUACAAUGACUGAUCUUAUUGGAGGAGCAAGCUACCAAUUCCGAGUUAAAGCAGCGAACAGGGCAGGAGUCGGACAACCGAGUUCACCAAGUGAUACAAUUACUGUCAAACCUCCAUAUGAUCCUCCUGGUCCACCUAUUAACGUAUCCGUUUCGAAAAUUGAUUCCACGUUUGUCGAAUUGUCCUGGAAUUCCCCUCUACGUGAUGGAGGUAUUCCGAUUACUGGUUACGUAAUCGAAAAACGUGAAACUAAGGCAACUCGUUGGUCCAGAGUGAAUUCAUCACUUGUAAAAGACUUGUCAUUCAUUGUUGAGGGAUUGAUUAAGUUUAGUGUGUAUGAGUUUAGGGUGGUGGCUGAAAACAAAGCUGGCUUAGGUGAACCAAGUGAACCUACAAGUCCAGUCAAGACAAAACCACCAUUCGAUGUACCUGAUAUGCCAGGUGAGCCUAUCAUAGAAAAUGUGAAACCAACUUCAGUGAAACUCUCAUGGUCUGCGCCUCAAACGGACGGUGGAUCGACGGUUGAAGGCUAUAUGGUACAAAAGAAGGAUAAAUUUAGCACAAGAUGGUCUCCUGUAAAUACAAUUCCUAUCACAGACACAUCCUAUAACAUUACUGGACUACAUGAAGGAACAGAGUGUGAUUUCCGCGUUGUUGCUAAAAACAAAGCUGGCCUCGGCGAACCGAGUUUAAAAGUAGCACUAACUGUAAAACCACCAGGUGCUCCAGGUGUGCCAGAGGUUAGCAAGGUAACCGCAACGACAGCAAUGUUAACGUGGGUACCACCUAAAGUUGAUGGAGGCAGCAGGGUGACAUAUUACACUGUUGAAAAGAAAGAAGUCAAUAAGAAAACAUGGUCAAAAGCUAAUAUGUAUUCAGUUAGAGAUACAAACUACAACGUGACUGACCUCAACACCAACAGCAAAUAUGAAUUCCGGGUGGCGGCAGAGAAUAAGGCCGGAAUGGGAGAGUUCAGUAAGCCUUCCAGUAUGGUCCUUAUAAAAUCUCCAUUUGAUCUCCCUUGCGCACCGAAAACUCCAGAAAUUCACGAAAUUACAAAGGAUAUGAUGAAAAUUAAAUGGGCAGAGCCAGACUCUACAGGUGGCUCUAAAAUUACAGCAUACAUCGUUGAAAUGAGAGAAAUUAGACGCUCUGAGUGGACUUUUGUCGCUAGGACUAGGCGCUUGACGUAUAUUGUGAAAGAUCUUGAAGAAGGAUCUGUGUAUGAAUUCAGAAUCAGUGCUGAAAACGAGGCUGGUGUAGGAGUUGCCAGCCAUCCGAGCCCGGCAACUAUGGCCAAGGACUCUCAUGAUAAACCUGAUGCUCCUUCACAACCAGUAAUAUCUGACGUGCAUCAACACUCAGUGACGAUCAAGUGGAGCGAACCCAUAUCAGACGGUGGUAGCCCUAUUACCGGCUACGUUGUUGAGCGAUGUGAGGCCUACAGUAACCAAUGGACUGUUACCCAUUCGGGAAAAAUACUACAUACUAGUUACAUAGUUACUGACCUCAAAGAAGGAUCAGAAUAUACAUUCCGGGUAAUGGCAGAAAACAAAGCUGGUCUGAGUGACCCUAGCACUGUAUCAUCCCCGGUUGUACCGAGACGACCAUACAACGUACCUUCUGCCCCAGGAGCUCCGCUUGUAUCAAAUAUUUCUUCAACAUCCGCCGUUAUCAGCUGGACACCUCCUCUGACAGACGGGGGGUCUCCUCUGACGGCCUACAUUUUGGAAAGAAAGGAAGAAUUCGCACGGAGGUGGAGAGAGUCUGUUACACUUUCACCCAGUGAUCUGUGUUAUACAGUAAAGGAUUUGAAGCAUGGUAACACAUACGAAUUCCGUGUAGUGGCUGAAAAUAAAGCCGGAGUGAGUGCCCCAAGUAGUGCAACCAGUUCCUUCGUAGCAAAGCCUCUUUUCUCUGCUCCAAGUGCACCAAGCGCUCCAUCUGUUCAUGAUAUCACAGGCCAGUCAGCGACGUUGAAAUGGCAAACGCCAACAGAUGAUGGUGGCAGCAAAAUUGUUUCAUACGUAAUUGAAAUGAAAGAACCAUUUGCGCUAAGAUGGCGACGAAUCGGUCACACGUUAGACACUAAAUACAACGUUAUAGGACUAACCCAAGGUGAUAAAUAUGAAUUCAGAAUUAUUGCUGAAAACAAAGUCGGGCUUGGAAGUCCAAGUAACCCAUCUGAACCAAUCGAGGCUAGACCACCAGGGAACGUUCCUGGAACACCAGGCCAACCAACAAUUUCAGAAAUACAGGAGAGAUCCUUGGUAGUUAAUUGGACACCUCCAGAUACAGACGGUGGAAGUGAAAUAACCACAUAUAUCGUAGAGGCAAAAGAACAGUUUUCACCAUUAUGGAAACGAGUAAAUGCCAUGAACACCAAGGAAACUACUUUCAAAGUUACAUCUUUACGAAUUAAUGUUAUCUACGAAUUUAGAGUUUCUGCUUGCAAUGAAAGAGGUGUUGGGAGCCCAAGUCAGUCAUCUCAACAAGUUAAAUGCAAGGCACCAUAUGAUGUCCCAGGAUCACCAGAUGCACCAGAAAUAUCAGACAUUACAGACACAUCGAUGCAAUUAACGUGGAAUCCACCAGAAUCAGAUGGAAAUUCAGCAAUCACUGGGUACUUCGUUGAAAAAUUUGAUACAAGGAAGGCAAGAUGGACAACAGUAAAUACAAACCCGAUCAUGACAACAGAUUUUAAGGUAGACAAUCUACUCCCGGGUUCACAAUAUCAAUUCAGAGUUGCAGCACAGAAUACUGCUGGUCUUGGUAAAUAUGGAAAGUCUUCUGAACCAAUGUUUGCCAAACUACCAUACAAUGUACCAUCAGCUCCCGGAAAACCUGCAGUAAUUGAUGUUACAGCAACUAGUAUUACUAUAAAUUGGUCAGCUCCAAAAUCUGACGGCGGAAGCCCGAUAAUAAACUACGUAAUUGAAAGGAAGGAAACUAAAGCUACACAUUGGGUGAGAGCUACCCGUAGCAUGUGGACUGAUACUACAUUUUGUGCAAGUGAUCUAGUAGAAAACUUUGAAUAUGAGUUCCGUUUGGCGGCUGAAAAUAAGGCAGGAAUAGGACCAUAUAGCAAGAAUUGUGAUCUUCAAGUUGCCAAGUCACCAUAUGAUGUUCCUGAUUCACCAAUGUCACUAGUUGCAUCAGACAUCACUGGCCAAUCUCUUACCUUAUCGUGGAAGUGCCCUCAGUCAGAUGGUGGUAGCGCUAUUUUGGGUUAUUUUGUUGAGAAGAAGGAUAUACAGAGUACACAGUGGAGCAGUGUUAAUAGAAAUAUACAAAAAGAGUGUUCAAUCAAAGUAGAUGAUUUGAGAGAAGGACACACAUAUGAGUUCAGAGUUGCUGCCGAAAACAAAGCUGGUCGUGGAAGAUUCUGCAGUUCUGAUUGUAUCAAAGCCAAACCUCCUUACAAUGUACCAGAUAAACCAAACACUCCUACAACAAUCAAUAUAGACAGUACGUCCUUGAUAGUAAAUUGGCAAUCACCGAAGUCAGACGGUGGGUCUCCAAUUGUUGGAUACAUCGUUGAACAGAAGGAUCGAUAUAGUACCAGAUGGGCCAGGCUGAAUGCAGACCCUGUCAAAAAUACUACUUUUAGUGUAACAGGAUUGCAGAACAUGGGUGAAUAUCAGUACAGGGUCCUUGCAGUCAAUAAAGCCGGUGAAAGUGUUCCAAGUAAUGCAACGAAUAUAGUCAUUGCUAAACCACCUUAUGAUGUUCCGGGCAUCCCAGGAGUACCAAAUGUUACACAAAUAAAAGAGAAUCUCAUCAGUAUCAAAUGGGGACCAGCUGAUGAUGGCGGGAGCAAACUUCUAGGUUAUUUUGUGGAAAAACGUGAAAUGUUCGGUACACGAUGGUUACGGGUUAAUCGGGAGCCUGUCCUUGAGACAGAAUACUGCGUUACCGGAUUAAUGGAAGAGUCUGAAUAUGAAUUUAGAGUAGUCGCUACCAAUAAAGCAGGAGAAGGCAAACCAAGUUCACCUAGUACAGUUGUCAAGACUACAUCUUCAUACUGUUUGCCUGAUGCACCUGGAACGCCGAUGAUAUCAGAUGUGUCAGGUAAAUCAAUGACACUUAACUGGGCUAUCCCUGCCUCAGAUGGUGGAGCACCAAUUACAAAUUAUGUAAUAGAUAGGAAAACUGCCCUGGAUACCUGGACCAGAAUAAACCGAUGGGAUGUUAAUGUACCUACAUUUACAGCUAGUGGUCUGAAACAAGACCAAGAGUACACAUUCCGUGUAGCAGCGGAAAACAAAGCUGGAGUUGGAGAACCUAGUAAUCCUUCGAGGAUCACAGUCGCCAGACCACCGUACAAUGUACCAGAAUCACCAAGUGUACCAUCAAUUUCUGAUAUCCAGGCGACGUCAGUCAGCAUUACAUGGUCGCCACCUGAUUCGGAUGGUGGCAGUCCGCUUACCGGCUACAUUGUUGAAAAAAGAGAGACCAAUAAAACCUGGGUGAUGGCUACCAGGAAUCUGGUUUUGGGUAGAAAACUUACUAUCUCAAACCUUAGACAGAAUGCAGACUACGAAUUCAGAGUCACAGCUGAAAAUAAGGCUGGUGCAGGAAAGCCAAGUGACCCAUCACAACCAGUCAUUGUGAAACCUGCAUACUCGACUCCUGGUGCACCAGACGCGCCGUUAUGCAGUGACAUUAGUCCCACAUCAGUUACCAUAACCUGGAAACCCCCAUCAAGUGAUGGUGGCUCGCCAAUCACUGGUUACGUUUUAGAACACAAGCAAGAUUUUGGAUCCCGCUGGAUUAUAUCGGCACAGUGUGUCGUUGGUACAUGUCAGAAGGUUGAGAGUUUAGUGGAAGGCUCAGAAUACAUAUUUAGAGUCUCCGCUGAAAAUAAAGCUGGAAUUGGAAAACCAAGCAAACAAUCAAGAUCAUUCAAAGCAAAACAUCCAUACGAACCUCCGGGAGCUCCAAACGCACCGCAAGUGUCUAAUAUCACUUCAAAGUCAGCAUUAGUAGCUUGGGCGCCACCAACGUAUGACGGUGGCUCUCCUAUACGCAAUUAUUUGAUUGAGAAAAGAGAUAGCUUCGCUAACAGGUGGACAAAGGCGUCCAAUGUUGAUCAGUGUGUUACAACUACAACAGUGAAACUAGAUCCAAACUAUGAAUUUGAAUUCCGUGUCUCUGCAGUAAAUAAGGCUGGCCCUAGUAAACCAAGUUUGCCAUCACAGCGGUUUGUAGCAAGAGAACCGUAUGAUAUUCCAGAACCACCAGGUCAACCGAAUGUCGCGGAAGUUUCAUCAGAUUCAUUGGUUUUAGAGUGGAAUGCUCCGAAAGAUGACGGAGGAAGUCCUAUCCUAGAGUACAUAGUCGAGAAACACGAUUUGAACACUGGCCGUUUCACAAAAAUACCAAUUAAACUUAAGCUUAGUGCUGUUAUCUCUUCAAAGAUUGCCGGCUUGGUUUGCGAUAGGAAAUACGAGUUCCGUGUAAUUGCCGUAAAUGAAGCCGGAGAGAGUAAACCAAGCGAGGCUGUCAGCUGUAAAGUUAACCUUCCGUUCGAUGUUCCUUCUCAACUUGAAAAACCAGAAAUCACAAGCACUGAUGAGAUGGAGAUGACCAUAAUCUGGCACAAACCAAGAUCAGACGGCGGCAGUCCAAUAACUGGGUACAUGAUCGAACAAAAAGGAACAACGGCAAAGAAAUGGACAAAAGUCAAUAGGCUUCCUGUUCAGAAUCUAGAAUUCAAAGUUACAGGAUUGACUCGUGGAAAUUCCUAUCAAUUUCGUGUCAUUGCUGUGAACAAAGCCGGAGCAAGUAAACCAAGUGAGGCAUCGGACGCAAAGGUUGCAAAACUUCCAUUUGAUCCACCAAGUAAACCAGAAAGCAUCCACGUCUCAGAUGUUGCUGCGACUUCUGUUUCUCUAAAAUGGAGUCCUCCGAUACGAGAUGGAGGUUCACCAGUUAUCGGAUACUAUGUUGAUAAGAAAGAACAUUUUAGCACGCGAUGGAUCCGAAUCAAUAGAACACCAGUAGUAGAUACAAGUUUAGUUGUUCAUGAUGUUCGAGAAGGACUUCAGUAUGAGUUUAGAGUCGCUGCUGUAAAUAAGGCUGGGGUUGGUGAGCCAUCAGAUACAACGGAACCAACCAUUGUAAAACAUCCUUAUGUUGUUCCAGAUGCACCGGCUACGCCGCUAUUGUCAGAUGUUUCUCCUAAAUCUAUGACGUUAACUUGGAGUCCUCCAGCUUCCGACGGAGGUAGUCCCAUAAGUGGAUAUAUAAUAGAAAAGAAAGAGCCUAUGUAUGGUCAUUGGAGUCUGGUGGAUAAAGUAUUAGGAACGACAUACACAGUAACUGGAUUAAACGAAGGCAAUGAAUAUCAAUUUAGGGUGAUUGCAAUAAACAAAGCUGGCACCAGCAAGCCUAGCAAUAGCAGUGACCCCAAAGCAGCGAAACAUCCAUAUGAUGUACCUGGGCCACCAAAACGACCAGAAGUGUCAUCAGUAACUGAAACAACAAUUUCUCUGUCAUGGAAACCACCCUCGUCUGAUGGUGGCUCACCAAUCACAGGAUAUAUCGUGCAGAAGAAAGAUAAAUACUCGUUGCGUUGGUUACCAGUAAAUCACAUUCCGAUUAAUAGUAACAAUUUAACAGCUGAGAACCUUACAAGCGGCUUGGAGUAUCAGUUUAGAAUACUUGCUGAAAACAUGGCAGGAAUAGGGCCAGCCAGCGAACAAUCUAAAGCCACUUUUCCCAAACCACCGUAUGAUCCACCGGGCCCACCAUCUGCGCCACAGCUCGACGACAUAACUGAAAAGGCCAUCGCGUUGUCGUGGUCUCCACCAAGAAGCGACGGAGGAUCACGAAUUUUAAGAUAUAUUGUGGAACGCUGCGAAGGAUAUUCAUUGAAGUGGACUCGAGUAGCGGCAGUCGUUGAUACCCGGUGUAUUGUUACUGAUCUCAAAACGGGCUCUCAGUAUGAGUUCCGUGUGUCUGCGGAGAACAAAGCAGGGCUAGGCCCUUCAAGUGAACCAUCAGAUAGAGCAACUGCUAAGUCACCAUUCGACUUGCCUGGACAGACUGGUAUACCCGAGAUAUCAUCAGUGACUCAAUCCAGCAUUUUAUUGACAUGGUCGGCCCCAGUUUCUGAUGGCGGUAGCCCGAUAAUAAACUACGUCAUCGAGAAGGCUGAAAGGUUCAGUUCAAAAUUCACAAAAGUCAACACAUCACAAGUAACAGAGUGUUCCUAUAACGUCACUGACCUCAAUAAAAAUUCCGAAUACCAAUUCCGUGUAUCAGCAGAAAAUAAAGAGGGUGUUGGUAGACCUAGUCAGUCAACACGCGUCACUAGAUUAGCAGUUGCACCCCAACUUGAUUUGAACAAGUACCGCGAUGUUAUGGUGGUAAAAGCAGGAACAACUUUUUACAUUGACAUUCCAUGGAGGGCAUACCCGAUGCCAACUGUGAAAUGGAACAAAAAUGGUGAAGAAAUUCAAGCUUCAACAAGAGUCAAAGUUGACACAACAGAAAGAAGUACUAUAUUGACUGUGAAGAACUGUGUAAAAGCCGACGAAGGACUUUACGAAGUAUCCGUAGAUAAUGACUGUGAUAUAGUGACUGCAAAGAUUAAGGUCCAAGUACAAGAUAAGCCAGGAAAACCUAUUGGACCUGUUGAGCUGCGAGACGUUAACAGUACUGAAGUUACAGUCAACUGGAACCCUCCUAUAGAUGAUGGAGGAUGUCGUGUCACUCAUUACAUAAUAGAAAAACGUGACAGUAAGAGAACAUCGUGGUCCCGUGUUCCUUUGAAAAUCAUUAGUUGCACUCACAGGGUACAAAACCUACUAGAGGGAAAUGAGUACACAUUCAGAAUUGUUGCUGUUAACAAGAUCGGUGAGAGCGAACCACUUGAGGACUCACAGUCGGCAGUUCUAAAGAGUAAAUACGACAAACCAUCUGUUAUUAAAAUUCCACGAGUUUCGGAUACAACAAGCGACUCUGUGAUGCUUUCCUGGUUGGCACCGUCAAAUGACGGCGGCACUCCUCUUACAGGCUACGUUGUCGAGAAGAAGGAAAUCGGUAAUACUAUGUGGACUAAGGUAGGAAAUAUACAGCCGGAAGAGCUCAAGUACCGAGUUAGCAGAUUGAAUAAAGGUUCGCAUUAUGAGUUCCGUGUUGCUGCAGAGAAUAAAGUCGGUACAGGUCCAUUCAGUCCUCCAACAGAAAAAGUGAAAGCGGAAGAGGCAUCAGUUAAACCAAAGAUUGACAAAAAACCCGAUUCGAUUUCAAUAAAAUCUGGAACAACUAUUAUUGUCAACGUGCCAUUUGGAGGAUAUCCAACACCAAAAGUGAAGUGGAGUAAAAAUGGAGCCACGGUUAUCCCAAAUAUUCGAUAUAAGAUUGAGUCUUCAAGUAACGCCACGGUUUGUACGAUCAAAAACUGUGACCGAACCGAUAGUGGCACGUAUACUGUCACUAUUAGUAACGAAAUUGGAACUGAUGCUGCUGAUUUUAAUGUUCAGGUUCUUAACGUUCCAAGUCCUCCCGAAGGCCCACUGGAAUACAGUAAUGUAAACGAAAGCUGCGUCACAUUGACAUGGAAACCUCCAAAAGAUGACGGUGGUGAACGAAUUAUGACCUAUGUCGUCGAGAAGCGUGAAGAAGGUCAUCACCGAUUCCAUCCGGUUACAAAGGAACUCAUAUUAGAGCCAUCAUAUCGUGUAAAAGGACUAACAGAGGAUAGACGUUAUCAAUUCAGAGUCCUUGCACGUAACAAACAUGGCGACAGUGAACAUUUGGAUGGUGAUCGUAUUCGACCACGAGGAAAAUACGCUGUUCCAGACCCACCAUCUACACCUGAAAUUAGUAAUAUCACAGCUGAAUCAAUGACACUGAAUUGGUAUCCGCCAUUGAGGGAUGGUGGCGCACCUGUUACAAGUUACAACGUAGAAAUGCGACAAACUACAAGCUCCCGUUGGAUUAGAGCAUCGUUGACACCAAUCAAGAAUACAUCAUUCAAAUUGUCUCGACUCAGCAAAGGUUAUGAAUAUGAAUUCAGAGUAACGGCAGUCAAUAAAGCUGGAGAAAGUGAGCCUAGUGAACCUUCCAAUUCUGUUACGGCUGAGAAUCCUCCAGUUGUGCCUAAGUUCAAAUUAGAUUUAUCUGCAGGAAGAGAGAUAAUUACGCGUGCUGGAAUAAUGUUUCGAAUAGAUAUACCAUACGAAGGAACUCCAAAACCUGUUAUGAAAUGGGAAAAGAAUGUGAAAACAAUCUCAGCCACAACCAGAUUGAGUAUUGAGCAAACUGAGUACAGUGCUAUCCUGGUGGUACGCAAAGCCGAGCGUGCGGACAGUGGCAGUUAUACCGUUACUGCUACCAACAAAGUUGGGCAAGAUACGUCAUCAACUCUUGUAAGAGUUGUCGAUAGACCUGAACCACCACAAGGACCACUUGAAAUCGUGAAGCUAAACAGUGAUUGUGUAACGUUAUCGUGGAGUCCACCUGGAGAUGAUGGUGGUAGCCCGAUUAUUUGCUAUCUGUUGGAAAAACGAGAUUCAUCUUUAAAAAUGUGGAGUAAAGUUUCCGCAUCACUGAAUGAAUUAAAGACAACGGUUCCGAAGCUUAUUGAAGGCAACGAAUACCAAUUCAGAGUUCGAGCCGAGAACAAAUAUGGCGUCAGUGAACCACUAGAAGGCGAAAAAGUUAUUCCGAAAGGAGAUUACAGUGUCCCUGGAAAAUCAGGUAUUCCAUCUGUUAGCGACAUCCAAGAAGACUCAGCAACAUUGACCUGGACACCUCCUAAAAGCGAUGGCGGAACCCCUAUUACUGGCUAUAUUGUUGAGAAGAAAAAUGAUUCGAUGCAAAACUGGGCAAAGGCCACAAUACCUCACAUUAGUGGAACUAACUGUAAAAUUAUUCGUCUGAUCACAAAUACUAAGUAUGAGUUCCGUGUGAUUGCCGUCAAUAAGGCAGGAAUAGGAGAACCAAGCGACUCUUCUCAUCCGGUUAUGAUUGAACGACCAGCUGCUGCACCUAAACUUGAUCUUGGCCAUUGUAAAAACAUUGUUGUCCGGGCGGGAUCUGUUUUCCAUCUCGAAAUUCCAUGUCGUGGAACACCAGCACCCACGGCAUCGUGGUUUAAAGAUACCGUACAUAUUGUAGAAGAUCUCAGAAUUCGUGCUACAAGUACGUCAUAUAGUAAUGUUCUAACAGUAAAGAAUUGUGUACGUAGUGAUGGAGGUGAUUAUAGAAUAUCUGUUGAAAACAAGGCGGGAACAGAUUCAGCUACAAUCAAAGUAACUGUAUUGGAUAAACCAGGGAAACCAGAAGGCCCGCUUGGUAUUUCGUGUACAACAAAAGAUUCAGUGUUACUGUCGUGGAAUCCUCCACUUGAUGAUGGUGGAAGUGAGAUAACAAAUUACGUCAUUGAGAAAUGCGAAGCUGAUAGAUUGACAUGGUCACGGGUAUCAUCAUCUGUGACUGGCACCAGAUAUACCGUAACAAACCUCCCAGAAGGCCAUAAAUUCACAUUCAAAAUUCGGGCGCAAAAUAAACAUGGACAGAGUGAGCCAUUGGAAUCUGAUCGUGCCAUUUUAAUCAAGAGUCCAUAUGACGUACCAGAUCCGCCAGGAAUGCCUGAAGUAUUAACGAUCGACGACGAAUCUGUCUCUAUCUCAUGGCGCCCUCCACGAAAUGACGGUGGUGCCGAAAUUACUAACUACAUAGUUGAAAUGAAGGACUCCCGUGGUCUGCGAUGGAUGAGAGCUACUAGAAAAAUCGUUCCAGAAUGUCAUACUAUCAUUAAUGGACUCAAGAAGGGAAAGGAAUUUGAAUUCAGAGUGAGUGCUCAAAAUGAUGCCGGAAAUAGCAAACCAAGCCGAGAAUCAGACCUCGUGUUAAUAAGGAAACCGAUUGAAACUGCUGAGUUUUUGGAACCACUGAAGGAUAUUUCAGCUAAGGUUGGUGCAACUGUUACAUUUGAAUGCAGAAUAUCCAACGACAAAGCUGAUGUUUCUUGGUAUCGAGAUGGAGUGCAAGUUUUUUCUGUUGACAACAUCAAAAUCGCAAAAGAGGGACAACGUAGAGCAUUGACGCUUUUUAAUGUUGGUCCACAUGAUAUUAGAAAGUAUAGUUGUGUCUGUCAUGACGAAAGAACGGAAGCUAAUCUUACAGUUUCAGCUGCUCCUGAAAUUGAUCUUGGAAGUUAUAAGGAUGUCGUGACAGUUCGCAGUGGUGGUGUAUUAAGAUUGAACGUACCGAUCAGUGGCUGUCCUGUACCCGUUGUCAGUUGGUACCGUCAUGACCUGUGCAUUAAAGAUGCUUUGACAACGAAGAUUGAGAGCUCAGAAAACAGGACCCAGCUUACAAUUCGUGAUAUCAAAAGGUCAGAUGCAGGAAUCUAUACGGUGACUGUCUCGAACCAGGUUGGGAAGAAAACGGGAAAUAUCACUGUUAUUGUACUUGAUGUUCCAGGAGCACCUGAAGGGCCAUUGAAUAUUUUGGAUGUUGGUCAGUUCUCAGCUGGAUUGUCAUGGAAACAACCAAAGGAUGACGGUUGCUGUAAAAUUGAAUGUUACACAAUUGAGAAACGCGAAGUUGGUCGUAAAAGUUGGACUACUGUAACAAGCUAUUGCUGUAACACAUCCUAUACAGUGACUGGUCUCCAAGAAAGUGUUGAAUAUGAGUUCAAAGUUUGCGCAGAAAACCAAAAUGGCGUGGGACCGCCGUUGUUUGGAGACAAAACCAUCGCUUGUUCCAGACCUCAUACCGUACCAAGUGCACCUGGAAGACCAGAAGUCCAUAGCAUAGCAAGUACUAGCAUGUCACUUACCUGGUCAGCUCCUCGAUACGAUGGCGGGUUACCACUCCUGGGAUACAUUGUCGAAAGGCGUGAUAUAUCUAGCAUUAAUUGGUUGGAGAUCAAUAGAGAACCAAUGUCUGUAACUUCAUACACUGUGAACAAUCUUUUGGAAAACCACGAGUACGAAUUCCGCGUGUCGGCAGUGAACAAAGAAGGCAAAGGUAAACCAAGUGAAACCACAAUACCACCAAGGUUGGCCAAAGAUCCAUCAUUGAGACCAUCUCCUCCUGGAUGUCCAUCCGUCAGUGAUAUUACAGCUACAUCCGUUGUUCUGAAUUGGACCUUACCUCUAUCCGAUGGUGGAUCACCGAUCGCUUUUUAUGUAAUUGAAAGACGUAUGAGAGAUACAUUAGAUUGGACGGAUAGGCAGACGACUAAAGAGAUAUCCAUAAGGGUUACUGACCUAGUACAGAAUCGAGAAUACGUCUUCAGAGUUCGUGCUGUGAAUAAGGCUGGACUGGAGAGUGACCCAAGUAAAGCGUCACAGCCAUUCGUUGCUAAAGACCCAUGUGCUGGCGAGUGUCCGUCAUUCGUUCAAGAGCCUCAUGAUGUUAUGAUAAAAGAAGGGCAGUCGGCAGAAUUUACCUGUCACGUGUCUGGGUUACCUGUUCCUCUUGUAACUUGGGUAAGGAAGGGUCGAGAUAUGUACCCUGGUAAACGGUACCACAUCUUUGAUGAAGGUGAUGGUAAACAUCGACUUGUUAUACCAAAUCCACACCAAAUUGACAUAGGAUCGUACACUGUGGUUGUUCAAAAUGAAGCUGGAAAGACACGCCGUUCCGCUGAGCUUGUAAUCCAACAACCACCAACCUUAGAGCUAGACAGACGAUUAAGAGAGAUAAGCGUUAAAGCCGGAUUCACAACACGUAUCACGGUGAAUUUCGGUGGUGUGCCAAAGCCCUCUAUUUCCUGGACAAAGAAUGGUAGUUUAAUAGAAAGCAAAGGACGCUUUAAAACAGACGUGUAUGGUGAUGUGGCUGAGCUGAGCAUCCACAAACCCGGGAAACCAAGUGGACCAAUCACCGCUGAGGAGGUAAAGAAGGACUCAAUUGCUAUUGCAUGGCAACCACCAAAAGAUGACGGAGGAAAUGAAGUAUUGCGCUAUCACAUUGAUAUGCGAGAAGCCGACAAACAUGCCUGGCAGAAGGUCGGAACGUCUGCGACUACAACGUUUACUGUCUCCAGACUCCGACAAGGCAUUUCAAUCGUCUUUAGAAUAGCUGCAGAAAAUAUUGAUGGUAUCGGAGCUCCAUUAGAAGGCAUAGAAUCUAUUCAAGCAAAGAGCCCAUUUGAUGUUGCAUCUGCCCCUGGUAAACCAACACUUAGAAAUGUACAAGCAAAUUCCGUUCAUCUCUCAUGGACAGCACCGACUUCAGAUGGGGGAAGCAAAGUCACUGGUUACGUUAUUGAAAAGCGUGAGACUACAAGCACACGUUGGUUCCGUGCUAAUAGAUCAGAAGUUAAAACUACCGAUCACGUCAUUGAAAAUCUCAUUGAAGAAAGUGAAUACGAGUUUAGAGUGUUUGCUGAAAAUAGAGCUGGUUUGAGCAUACCGAGUGAACCAUCACAGCGUGUAGUAGCAAAAGACCCUAGAGAGUCUACCGAACCUGAGAUUGUGAAGGUGCCCCACACUAUAUCUGUUGCACAGGGUAAGUCCGGAACAAUUGAAGUGGAGGUUAGAGGCUACCCUCUGCCGGUUUGCAAAUGGUAUCGAUAUGGCAGGGAGUUGCAUGAUGGUCGCAAAUAUGAAAUGAAAAGCUUUGGAAAGGUGUGUACCAUCACGAUCAAUGAAGUCUAUGAAGAAGACACUGGCGAGAUAAUGGUAAAGGCAGUCAACAAAGCUGGGAUGAGAAUAGCAACUGCCAACGUUCAAAUUAAAGUGCCACCGCGACUUUCACUUCCGACAAGAUUGCGAUCACCACUGUAUUGCCUAGAAGGAGAAGUGUUAAAGCUCCGUGUUUCAGUCACUGGCGUACCUAGGCCAACGAUAACUUGGGAGCACAGUGGUCGCGAUAUAGUUGAUGGUGGACGAUUUGAAAUAAAGGAAACUGAGAGGGAAACGAUCUUAUCUAUCAGUAAAAUCACCAAUGUCGAUGCUGGAAACUAUACAGUUAUUGCUGCCAAUGAAUUAGGCACUGAUAUGGUACAUAUUCUCAUUAACAUCUUGAGACAUCCUGAUCCACCUCGGAACCUUGAGGUAACAGAUAUCUCCACUGACGCAGUGCGUCUUUAUUGGCAACCACCAUUCUAUGACGGCGGAAACACAGUCACUAGCUAUAUGAUAGAAAAACAGGAAAUCGGCCAUACUGCCUGGACACGGGUUCUAGCAAGUAGAAACUGUUUCCUGACUGUAGUUGGGCUCAAAUCAAAUACCGAAUACAAGUUCAGAGUAACAGCUCUUAAUAACUACGGUCCGAGUGAGCCUUGCACUGCCACGGCUAUCAUCAAAACAAAACCAUCUGACAGGGAUCGUCCUCAGUUUGAAGAUAUUGAAGCCAAGAGAAAAUACUACGAUUCCGUCGUGGAUACCUCUCAUAUACCAUCAAAAUACGACUUCAAAAGAAAGACGGGAUCAGUUUACGAUUACUAUGAAAUAUGUGAAGAGAUUGGAAGAGGUUCCUAUGGUAUUGUCUACCGUGCAAUUGAAAAAGCAAAUGGUAAAACAUGGGCAGCUAAAUUCAUCCGUUGCCAUGGAAAGGAACGCGAAGUAGUAAUGCGUGAGAUAAACAUCAUGUUGAAGCUCCAUCAUAGUGGACUUCUUCAGCUCCAUGACGUCUUUGAGAAUGAGGAAGAGAUUGUCAUGAUUGUUGAAUUCCUUUCUGGAGGCGAAUUGUUUGAAAGGUUAAUUGACGACAACUACAUCUUGACAGAACCUGAAGUGGUUCAUUAUAUGCGCCAAGUUUGUGAAGGCAUCAGGCAUAUGCAUGAAAGGCACGUGCUCCAUCUGGACAUAAAGCCUGAAAACAUAUUGUUUAAGACGCGAACGAGCGAGGAUAUAAAGAUUAUUGACUUUGGACUUGCUCAUGAAUUGGAUCCUAACGAACCUAUAAGAAUGAUGUUUGGCACCCCAGAGUUUGUUGCACCUGAAGUAGUCAACCAUGAGCCAAUUGGACUUCCGACAGACCUCUGGUCCCUUGGCGUCCUUGCUUACGUAAUGUUGUCUGGCUUGUCACCAUUUAUGGGUGAAACUGAUCGAGAAACUUUGAAGAAUGUAGCUAAAGGUGACUGGGAAUUUGAUGACGAGUGCUUUGAUUAUGUCUCUGAUGAGGGUCUUGACUGGAUUGAGAAGAUUUUAGUCAAAGACAAAGAUAAACGUAUGACAAUACAAGAAGCAUUACGUCAUCCGUGGCUGACGAUGGAUACCGAUAUCUUAGCUCGCCGACGAGCACGCCGCAUCGACUCUAGUCGCUUGAAAGCAUUCCAAGAUAGGAGGAAACCAGACGGUGCUGGACAAACAUCGUUGGCUAUUGGUCGAUUAGCACAUACUGGUGCCCUGCGUGAGGUUCACAAGACAUUUAGAGGCCAAGCUUUGAACGAAAGAAUCGUAUUUAUGGGUGUAAGAGACGCCGCUCCACGGUUUGUCAAACCACUUGUCGAUACUACAGCAAUUGAAGCCAGUAAUGGUCGUUUCGAAUGCGAAGUUUUGGCGCUUACAGAACCGCUUAUACUUUGGUAUAAAGGACAGAAACUUUUGCCAAUCAGCAUCAAGUAUAAGAUGUUCUACGAUGACAGGAAAUAUACUCUUGUUGUCCAUGAUGCUAAUAUUGAUGACAUUUCCAAAUACACUUGCAAAGCAAGCAACUCCUACGGUCACGCAACGUCGACAGCCUCGCUUGACGUAGAACUAUUUGAUGAUGAGGAACUUGCUAGCCGAGGUGAAAGAAGAACUAUUGGCUUCAAGCGUCAAAAGAUUCCUUUGGGAGAACGUGCGAGGAAACGCCGAUCACUACACGCCGCAGCCACUGGAUACUCUGAUAUGCCCCCACAGUUUAUUUCUACUCUUCAAGAUCAAGAAUGUGGACUAGGAUUCAUUUUACCCCUAACAUUCCAGGUAUACGUACCACCAGAACCUCAUGUUAGUUGGUUCAAGGGUUCAAACGAGAUAGUGGAUGGCCGGCACUACAAAAUGUGUGCGACUAACGGUUCAUACAUGUUGGAGAUACAAGAGACGACUUUAGAAGACACUGGUGAAUACUCUGCGCGAGUGACCAAUAUUGAAGGAACAUCAAUCACCAAAUGCACAGUUUCUGUCGACGAACACUACAUUGACAAGUACGCCGACUACCAGAAACCAUAUUUUGAGAAACAAUUGAGAGACAUCCUCAUCGUUGAGGGCAGUGCGGCCCGUCUUGAGUGUAAAAUUAGUGCAGUACCUGAGCCAGAAAUAAGAUGGUUCAAAGAUGACAAGGAAGUAGCGGACGGACAUCACUACAAGAUAGACUGUGAAGAUGAUGAUUCCUACACCUUAACCAUCCAAGAAGCCUUCUUACAAGACGGUGGUUCUUACACUUGUCAAGCCAGUAAUCUUCUUGGCCGUAUAUCAUGCGAAGCUAUCCUGACUGUGAAACGCCUGGGUGGUAUUACCGAUUCUGGCUCACCGUUGCCAAGAGAACCGAGUAUUGAAGAUCUGCCGAAGGUGAUUCAAAGGCGACGAAAACGCUUAACUACAGCACCAUUCUUUAGCCUUCCUCUUCGCCGAAAGACCAUAGUGGAAGGGCAAACUGCAGUCUUGGUUUGUACUGUCCAAGGAAUACCAGAAGCAACUGUCAGCUGGACUAAAAAUGGGCGUGAGAUUCGAGAUGGAAAAGCGUACAAUAUGGCUAACAAGGGAGGUACAUGUUCGUUGGAGAUAGCAAAUGCUCAACAGUCUGACACAGGUACCUAUCGCUGCAUUGCACGCAAUGCUGAGGGAGAAGAAUUUACAACUUGUGAACUUGUUGUUGAGGAAAAUUUCCCACCUGAUGAGAGAUUGCACUACACCAGGCCUUCGUUCUUAAAACCUCUCCGAUCGAUAUACUUAGAGGAAGGCAAGACUGCUCGAUUUGAAAUCAUGGUCACAGGAAAACCUGAACCAGAGCUUACAUGGUCUAAAGAUGGUGACACAAUCUACCCCUCUAGCCGUAUCUUAAUCGAAAAAUAUUUGGGCGGUGCCUAUUCACUAUCGGUAGUUAACGUUGCACCAAGUGAUGCUGGCCGAUAUACUUUACUUGCAUCUUCGCCGGCAGGAGCUGUAUCGUGUGCUGCUGAACUUGCCAUUGUUAAAGCUGAAGCGAACAUCAAAGGGAGUGAGUUUGACAGAGAUGACGAUUAUGGCCGACGUCAAUCGCAUCACCGACGAUCUAGAUCUGAAAAAACACAACGCGAGAGGAGAUCACCACGGAAAUCUUCUAGAUUCUCUCAAUCACUGGCAACUGGCUACGAGUCAAGGAGACAACAGCGCAUAAGAUAUUCUUCACCAGAUGCUCCUGGAGGUUAUGCCGUCAGCUCUGGUUUCAGUACAUCCCGGUAUUCCAGCAGCUCUCGGACCGGAUAUGAUCGAUACCUUACAGCUGGCUAUUCUCGAUCAGAAUCUCCAGACACUAGUCUGGAUCGCAGGUCGAGGUUAAGAAAAUCAGGUGAUGAUGAAAAGACGAGUGAUGGGCGUAUUCUAGUUGAUCGCGAGAUAGAUGAGAAAGAAGGCACUGGACCCCCGGUUUUCAUUCAAAAGCUUAGAGAUGUUUCUGUUUAUGAAGGAGAUAUGUUGGUUCUUGAAGUGGAAAUUGAUGGUGCUCAGCCGAUGGACGUUGGAUGGCUUCGUGACGGUAAAGAUAUUCCAGAUGGUGGUAAUUUCAAAUAUAUUUCCAAAGGAAAAGUAUACCAACUUGAAAUUAUUGAGAUACUACCGGAACAUGCUGGUAAAUACACAUGUGAAGCACUGAAUGACCAUGGUGAAGCAGAAUCCAGUGCCGUCAUUAUUGCACAGGAAGUUCCAAGUGUCAGCGUAAGUCAAGACAUCAGCUUGAGUACGGAUCAACCUGCGACAAUCGAGGAAGAUACUGUUCCGCCAGAGUUCUUCGAAAAACCAAAAUCCAUCGUUGUUGCAGAAGGAUCAAGUGCAAUAUUCUCUUGUGAUGUAGACGGAGACCCUCUUCCUACAUUGAGUUGGUAUAAAAAGAAUGAUGAUACACCACUAAGAGAAAAUCAACGAUUUAAGUUUACUGACGAGAAAUUUGUGCAUACCUUCGAAAUUCCGUCAUCAGUGGCUACAGAUAGUGGAAUAUAUACAUGUAAAGCUAGCAACGGUGAAGGUGACGUAGAGGCAGAAUUUGAACUUACAGUUGCUUCUGAUGAGGCUGACAAUGAGGGCGUCCGACAGUCAAACUUACAACCAAUUGAUACAACUAACAAUAUUGAAGCAGUGAAACCCUUGCCAAAGUCAUUUGGUGUCGAAUCGAUUGAACUAGAUAAUAUUAUUAUUAAUAGUACACAUGUACAAAUUGAUAAUGAGUCGGAUGACAAAUGUGAAAAUGUAGACAUACAAAACAUGCCAAUUAGUUCUCGUGGCGAUAAUAUCAACGAAGCCUAUAGCCAGGGCAUAUGUGACAUCGCAAAUACGAAUGUGAUAUCAGAUCAACAGAACAAAAGAGAAGAAAUGGAAGAGUCUACCAAAGGUGGAAGCUUGGGUAAAGUUGGAAAAUCCAGGGUUCGGAUUCCGUCAUGGCUAAGUGAUUCUACGGAGCUUAAUCGAAAAACGAAAGCAGCACAUGAUGAACCAUCAGUAAUGAAAUCUAAACCUGAAAUUUUAUCAUUCACUAUCACCACAGAAGAACUGUCUCAAAAUAUACACCAUGAUAUUAAAUUGGAUAUAAAUAGCAAUCACCCUCGCGUUAAUUGUGAUGACCAAGUAAGCAGACCAAUCGAAAGACAGAAACCAGAUAAAUCAGGCAAUCUUACACCGACUUUAGAGAGUAGCUUAGGACUUUCUCCAAGUACACCAGAUAUCCAUGGGGACUUCAAAAAUAAAAAUACAAGACAUUCACCUGACCCAAUUGAGACAACAGACAUAAAGCAACCCAUGUUGUACACAUCUUAUAAAAAACGAUACAAAGGGAAAUUGGAAGACGUAAAAUACAAAGCAUUGCCGCCUUGGCUUCAACAUAUUGGAAGCUCACCAGUCAAGCACAAUGAAGUAUCUGAUAGUGAUGAUGAUUACGACAGCGAUGAAGGCGAGGAGAAUGGCAAUUCGGCGACUGAUGAGAAGUUAGAAGUGGAAUCUUGUAGAGACAGAAAAACGAAUGGAAGCGUGCCAGAACAUCCAGUUGGUGAGCCCCAUGUAUCAAAUAUCACAAACAGUUAUCUCACACUUGCCUGGUAUGAACCAACGUCCGACGGUGGAAGUGAAAUAACAUCUUACAAGAUUGAGGCUUGCAAGAAUUCAACUUGGAUUGAUAUAGCAGAGGUUAAUACGACAGUUUACAAUGUAACCGAUCUCCAGCCAGAUACUGAAUACAACUUUCGAGUUAAAGCAGUCAACGUAAAUGGGUGUAGUGCCGUUAGUAAAUCAUCGAAAUCAGUGGUGACAAAAGACCCAACAGAAGAAGAAAUAGCGAAACGACAGAAGUGGGUUAAGCCUUACUUUGAACGCCAGAUAUGCAAUACCGAAGCUAUACAAGGCCAGGAGACGAGGUUCGACUGUGUCGUCAAGGGAACACCAGUACCAAACGUGAAGUGGUUUAAGAACGGAGAGGAAUUAAAGGACAGCCGUCGAUAUCAGUUUGCACAGGGAGUGGAGAUCGUUAGUUUGCAAAUUACCAAAGCUGAAGAAGCAGAUUCUGGAAACUACAUAUGUGGAGCAGAAAACAGUGCUGGAAUUGCUUUUUGCAAGGCUACACUUGUUAUCAAAAGUAAUCAGUAAGAACAGUACGUGUUCAUCAAAAGAGCUUUUAAAUCAUUGGAUUUCAACAAAUUACUCAAAGAGAACUAAUGAUAAAUACCGACACAAUAGAAUUGAUGGUAAUGAUACUGUUCGUAAAUGUACAUUUAGAUUUAAGACUUCGCUGUUGCCAGUAAGCCUAAAGAUUUGCUUCGAAUUUUCUUACAUGACAAAUACCUAAUUUGACACAUUAGAAUUGUUUAAUACAAUUCGAAAAUCAACAUUUAAAAGCACUAACUUCAAGCUGCUGCCCGUGAGCUUGAGGUUUGCUUCGAAUUUCCAACAUAUUAAAUGACAAAUGCCUAAUAUGCGCCUUCAAAUUGUUGAAUACAAAUUCGUAAAUCAACAUUUCAAAUUUAAAAUCGCAGGCUUUCAGCUGCUGCCCGUAAGCUUAAGUUUGCUUAUUUUAAUUAAUUAUUAAAAUUAGUUUACAGCAUUUACAUUGAAUUGCCUACGUGGUGGUUCAAAUGUGGAGUGUUUGCACUGUUGAUUUGACGUGUUUUAGCUUUCACACAAGCAAUUUAAAUAAUAUAUAUAUAUAUAUCCAUAUUUAUUAUUAAUUAUAUUGUAGUAUGACAGUAAAAUGUGCAUUUACAGUCACUAUUGGUUUUAUAGGAAGACCGCAAAUAAUUACGAUUCGUUUGAAUUUAAAAUGCAGUAGAAAUAUGUAGAAAAUAUUCGCCCAAAACUCAUACACUACCUAAUAAAUGUGCAAUUACACAAACCGAAAUUCUUCAGUUUAUUUCAAAUUGUUUUUACGAUGCCAUCCCGCAGCAGUCAAGACUUCAAUAACAGUGUCUUCCUUAAACAUUAUAUACAUAUAAUUCAAAUAUAUACAUCCGUCUAUUCUAUUGUCAAUCAUUAUAUUCUAGUAUGCUAAUAACACAGGUAUCGUCUGUAUCAGUAGGAUGACACACGUUAUUAGGAUUCGCUGGAAUUGAAAAUACAAAUUUCCGAUAGAACAAUUGUAGAUAAUAUUUAUGCAUUAGUUAAUAAAUGUGCAAUUACAAAAA